GAUUUCAUGUGACAUGCAAUUUGGGUGACAAAGAAACAGACUUAGUCCGGACUACGGUAACGUCGUGGUGUUAGUGAAAGAUAGGAAUAACCUCAAGUCACAAGGUCACUUUUAAAACCUCAACUGAAUGAGCUAUCAAUGUAAAAAAUGUGUGACGGCGCUGUCUCAUUGGAGAGAAUCUUUCAUUAGAUACAGCAAUUGCCCAAAAUGUUACGAGCGGAGUAUUUUUUUUUAAUUUGGAUGAUUUCGAAAUUUUAAGUUUUUGGCUAAUUUUAUUUCUUAUUUUUGUGAUGAAGGAAAAUGAAAGUUUAGACUAAGUCAGUGUUCAGCUCCAGUUGAUAUAGGGAAUGUCCGUUACUUCCUUUAUCACUGUGAAAGUAGCAGAACUAAAACCGUUUUACAGAUUGUUUCACACAGUUGUCGCUUGAUGCAAGAAGAGGUUGGUCUGGCAAGGGUGAAAUGAGCUCCAAUGCAUUGAUAGAGGUUUUUGGUCAGAUCGUAUAUCGCCUCACGCGCAACGUAACAGAACACUACAACCCAGAAGAGCCUGAAUUCACGACAGAGUCUUUUGGCUACGACCCACUGCUAAGCACAGGUAGAGAAUGGAAUUAUGAACCUGUUGAUGAACUGAUAUACCAAGAGUACAGCGACAGAGAAGCCACAAACUCGAACUUUUUCGCAUAUAACAACAUUAAUGUCCAGGUUAGAAACGCUUUCUUACCAGAAGACAGUGAGGAGACAAGGGAACAGAACGGUAAAGAUGAAGAAAUGGCUCGGAAACGUCUUCGACCAUCCUUUGUACAGACAGUUUGUAAAUCGAUGUAUAUUGGAGCUUUGAUUUCUUUUCUUUCGGCUGUUUUCAUCGCCUUAUUUUACCUGUUGAUCUCUUUUGUAUGUUACAAAACUAUUCUCCACUGUCAAAACUACCCAAAAGAAUUGAUUCCGAUCCGUGUACAAUGGAUGAAAACUAUUUCUGAUGCGAUUUCGUCUUUUUUCUAUUACUUCUGGUUCUUUGGUAUCGCGUUAUUCCUUUUCCGUCCAUUUCAGUUGAAAGGAGUGAGGAAAACAUUGUUCUUGAUUUUGUUUGUCUCGUACUGUUUGGACGCGAGUUAUCGCCUUGUAUUGGUUAAGGUGGGAGUGUGGUAUUAUUUGGCACCAAAAGUCUACCAAACUCCACUUUAUUCGUUUUUCUUUCUAAGCGUUUGCUUACAGCUUUAUGUUUUGGGAAAACAAUUUCGUGCACGACCUAUAAAAAUGCUUCUUGUUCUGAUGUGUAAAAUGUUAUUGCCAUUUUGUUUACCUGUUGUUUUCGGUAUUUUCCUUUCUGAUGUUAUUUAUGGAAUAUACAUAACAAAACCCAUCGAAGGAAAGCUUCUAAUUGCUCUCUUUGCCCCUGUUGUUACGGUGGUUUUGAAAAUUGUGUCACGACUUUGUGUUCAGCGAUUAAGGAACAUCACUCAUCCGGGAUACUCUUAUGUGUUAUUGGUGCCUCUGUAUUACGGCACAGCGGUUGUCUUGAGAGCUUUGCAAGCAGAUCUGGACGAUCUUCCAUACAUCGCCUUACUUGGAGUCAUUCACGGUGUUGCUGAGGUUGUGGAACGUAGUGUUAUGGUUGUUGUUGAUCACACUUGUACCGUGCUUUGGAAAAGAAAAUUGGCCCCCUGGGGAAGUUUCCGUACUCCUCGCCGCGAAAGACUUAUGGCUGAUAUCGCCAUUAUAAGCAUGUUGUAUGAAUCUACUGCUGUAAUAUCUGUCAACGGAUUGUUUUACUUGUAUCAAUACGUCUACACAGAAAAUGACUCUAUCAUAAACUUGCUCAAGACAUUCGCAGUUCACACUUCAGUUCAACUGGUAAUUGAGUGGUUUUUUACCAGUGUGUCUCUGGCGAUCGAGACUCGUUAUCAGAAUAUGGCUGUCAUGGCUGUUUGGCGAAGGAGAUGGAAAAGACACAUUUUGGCAGCGCUUGUAAAUACAGUACCACUUGCUGUAUGGAAUAGUGUCUGUAUGUUAAUUAUUUUGCGCGCGUCUUACUCAAACAUAGGGUUUAAACAGCCUUGUAAAAUGCCAUUUUCUUAAGUGCCGACUAGAAAAAAUUUACAGAAAUUGUUAAUGAUCGCCUUGUUACACAUUUCUUUAGUGGGACCAAAAAGGACUGUCGCUAAUUCUUCUCAUAUAACAAGAGCAACAUUGAAGAGAAGGAAGAUAUUACACUCUCACGAACGAAACUGAAAUGAAUCAGUAAAGUGAACUUUACUAAUUAAGUUUUUUAGUCGCUCAGUCGAUAGCUCAUUAGGAUUAAAUGAUCAAAAUGCAUGUGUGAGUGUGUAAAGUAGUAGGACCAAUAAAGGGAAUUCUCUCAUGAUUAAAAUUCUGGUGGCCAUUAACAUCGAAAAGAUUUUUUAUGUUAUUAGUUAGUGUAUUUUCAAAACCAAUAAAUCAGUAAAUCGUCGAUUUUUUAAAUCGUUUUUAAAACAAAACAUAAUAUACUUCUGAAUAACAGGGUGACUUUCUAUAGAAACUGGUGCUGCGUCGGUGGGAGAGUAUAUCAGGGUAAUUUAGUAUUACCAACUGAGUUGACAGCGCAAAUUGGUCACAGUAAAGCUGACGUUUCGAGCGUUAGCCCUUCGUGAGAGUUAAUUACGUUAUCAAUUCAGAUGAUAAUUCUAAUUUAUCCUAUAAUAUACUUCUGAUGGAUACAGAGAUUCACAAAGACGAUGGGCUUAUCGAGGCGGUUGAGUGCUGAGCGCGCUGUACAGAUGCUAAUGUGCUGCUAAGAAGCACUCCAGGAAACGCAACCUUUUCUUUACUUAGAAGUAUCGAAAUGACAACAGCUGAAUCUUGGGAGCUUCAAUUGAAAGGCAAAUUCACGCAAGGGAAUUUUCAAACUAAUGAAACGGAACUAAACUCUGGACUGUGUGAUGUAAAAUUAUACUUUCUUUUUUUUCUCCACUACACAACCUGUUAUUUGAACUUCAAGUUCCUUUGAUAGGAUGAAAGAAUCUUGGAGAAACCAAACCAAGGAUAAUUAAAAACGAAUCAGCAUAUUCCUUUUCUGAUACAUAAAUACCGAGGAAUCCUUCUCUUUAUCAUUUUCUUCAGGUUUUUAAUGUUUUUUCUUUGAUGAACUUCUGAUUUGAGCUAAUGAGAUGUUAACGUUAGUCAAGGAAGUGUCUGAAGUAUGAAAUUUCUUAUCCGCCAUAAAAUUUCUUAUCCGCCAUAAAAUUUCUUAUCCGCCAUGAAAUUUCUUAUCCGCCAAGAAAUUGACGAUACGAAAACAAAUUAAGAACGAAAGUUAUUUGAUGUGCCUUUAAUGGAAACGAAAUGGUUUUGAUGUUAGUAAGAUAGAAAUCCUUACUUUCCCAUGGUACAAUGGUUGUUUGUAUGCAUUGGGUGCAGUUUCAAGAUCUCGCUUGCAAUGGGCUAGAGCAUACAAGAAAGGUCUUUAAGUGUCUUUGAAGUACACUAUCUGUCUCUCUCUGUCUGCCUGCCCAACCGUCUCCAUUUCCCUGUUUGUCUCUUUAUCUGUUUUUUCUGUAUUGCUGUCUUUGUCUGUAUAUCUGUUUGUCACUUAUGUUGGUUAUUCUUCC